AUGGAGGUGAAGAAGAGAGGUGAAUUCGAUGGAGGCUUCAAUAAUCCAGGUGGACAAGAAGUGGGUAAUGACAACGUGGAAACAAUAGAAGUGCCUGUAUAUGGACAUAAUAUUGGCAAUGAAUAUAGGAUAGAGGUACCUGACAAUGUUGAUGAUGAAGAGGAUAGUGAAAAAGACUUUGACGUUGAUGGUAGGAGGAGAGUAAGAGAUCUUCAAGACAGUGGUGAUGAAUUAGAUAAAGAAAUAUAUGAAAGUGAUAAUGAUGCUGCCAUUGAUGACAACAGCCUGUUUGAUGGAAAGAUGCAAUCUAGUUUUGGGAGAGUAGGAAAUACAUAUCUACCUAAGGAUUUUGUGGCUUUUGAUCAUGAAGAAGACUCAGAUACAAACUCAGAAAAAGCUUUCAACUCACCUAACCACUCUUCAUAUGAGGAUGGUGAAAUGAAGAGGAAGUAUCCAGAGUUCUGUAAGUCUAAUUUGAAUAAUCCCAAGCUUGAGAAAGGAAUGUUAUUUGGAAGCAAGGAGAUCUUGAAGACAGUUGUUAAGAAUUAUGCAGUGAUGGGAAAUUAUUCAAUAAAAUUUGUCAAAAAUGAUAAGAGGAGGAUCACUGCAAGAUGUACAAACUGCACUUGGAUGCUUCAUGCUUCAUAUAUGCAACUAGAGGAAACAUUGUAG